AGGAAAAGGAAGAAAAAGAGGAAGCACAAGAAGGAGAAAAGAAAGAGAAGAUGCAGGCUUCUUCUUUGCACGGGAGAAAAAGGUGUUGUGCUGGUGGUGUUCCAAGUGAAGCAGGCGAAAAGGCGCCACGUGAACGUGAGCGCGACAUGAAGAGGAGCUCGCGUGGAGGUCAGAAGGAGAACAGAAGAGGCGCAAAGAGGAGAGCGCUCGGUGACCUUCGACACAAAGGAACGAGACAACUGUUAGAACAAGAGCUCCAGUGCAGCAGACCAGAGGUCAAAGUGGCCGUGAUCAGGAAGACCAGGAUCCAGAUUGAGGGUGGAACCGAGCGACCCGAUGACAAAUUCAGCAAGUUGACGAGCGCACCUGAGGAGCACGUCCCCAUUCAGGCCACAGAGCCCUUGGCCGAGGUGGAUCUUCGUAUGAGGACGAAACCACCAUCUCACGGAGUCCAGAGGAGAAGGAAGACCAAGAUCCACCCCUCGAGAAUUCGAGGAAGAGGUCAACUGCGCCUGUCAAUCACCGCGGAGGCGAGCCACCUCGUCAUUUGCAUACACGAGGCCCGAGGCCUCAUGGCCAAGACGUCGCGGUUAUGCGAUUCACAAGUUCGAUUGACAUCUGACAUGAACCGCAACAUCGUAAUGAAGACUCCAACAGUGAAUAACAACAAGAACCCCGAGUACAACCACCAUUUCCUGCUGCCAAUAAGUGAGAAUGUCCAUCAAAACAGGCUGACAUUGUCAGUGCUCAGAAGACACACGGAGAGCUCAAAGAAAAAGUGCUGUCAGCUGAUUGGCUGCAUGAGUUUCAGGAUCGGUCCCCUCAUUUCAUCGCGGAAGCUGGUCAAUGGUUGGUUCUACCUACUGGGGGCGGAGUUUGGAUGGAGGAAACACCUGAGGGUGACCACACAAACCAUCAGAACCAUGACGUCGCCCUCUCGGUGGCCAGAACUCUGCACCGGCGGCGCCUCCGACUCUGCUGCCACUCUUUCAGACCCAAAGCGCUUCACUGACCCGGCGCCCAGAACCACCCGACUGCCAGGACCGGCAGAAUCCGUAACAGCCGGCCAAGACGCCAAACGGAACGUCGCCCCGGAUGCCGACCGUGAUGGCAAACGGGACGGCAACUGGGACACAAAACAGGGCACCGACCGGAGCGCCAACCGAGACGCCAACCGAGACGCCAACCUGGACGCCAGUACUCAACUGACGGUCAGCGUCAUCCGAGGACAAGACGGCUUCGGAUUCACCAUCUGCUGCGACAGUCCCGUGCGAGUCCAGUCCGUUGACGCCGGCGGUCCCGCUCAUCAGUCGGGCCUCCGCCAAGGCGAUGCCGUUUUGCAACUCAACGGACUUCCUGUGGAGAUCUGGAAGUGUGGAGAACUGGCUCACGCCAUCAGGAGUUGUCCCAGUCAUAUCGUCCUGGUGGUGUGGAGAAGCUCACCUGAGGUCAGGACGUGCUGUGAGACUUUGCAUCAUCCACCAGGAGUUAGCAAGACCACCAAGCUGCUGCACCAGCCUGCCCACACUAAACAUGGCCGCCGCAGACGCGAUCGGGGUUCUGUGGUGUCCUCCAGUCUGGAGGUUCUGGGUUCUCUAUGGAGGGAUCGUAAGGAAGAAGAACAAGGAAAAGAAGGCGAAGAAGGAAGAGGAGGAGAAGAAGAACCACCUUGCACCUCCACCCUGAAAGGCACCUGUGUGACAUCAUCAAAUGGUGACAAUUACAUCAUCCUGUCCCCUGUGGCGCCACAAGAGCAGAUCGUCCAUCCCAUAUUUGAGGACAGAAGCACGACCAUUGGGCGUCUGUACCAGACUCACCCCAGACGAGGCGUGAACCUCCUCGACGAGGGCCAAGUUGGGUCGCCGCAGCAAGCGCUCACCCACUGGCCAAUGGGCUCGGCUCCUCUCCAGUUGUCCUGCGCCUUCUCCUCUACGCUGCGCAACUACGCCACCUACGGCAACUACGGCAGCUGCCAGAACUACCAGAACUGCACCAUCAUCCAAUCGCAUCGACCCUCCUGCGGCAUCGGCGAAGCGCCCAAAACGCUCAUCUUCCCCAUCUUUGUCGAGCCUGUGGACUUGUGCAGCCCCGACAGAGCGCUACAGAUGUCGGAAGAAAUGCUUCUCCACCAGGCGCAGCAGCUCCCCCGCAAGGUGACCGUGUUAAUCUACGACGACGUCCUACUGGUCAGCAGAGAAGACCACGCCGGACGCUGUCACGUCCUCAAGAGUCCGCUCUACUUCAACACGCUGCAAAUCCAAGAGGUGGCGUCUGCGCCUCAUCACAUCUUCUUCCUGCAAAGUUCCAUGAGCUGCUGGCAAUGUUUGUUCAGUUUGGAGGCCUUCAGUCUGGAGCAGAAGGUUCGAGUCAGCCUCUGUCUCCACGACAACAUCCAACGACAGCUGGUUGCCAAGGAGACUGGCCACUCCCAGCAGCUCACAGCCCCCCCGUGUCUCGCCCUUGCCACGAGUGUGUGCGCCCCGACCCAGCUGCCCUCCCCUCCCCCGUCAGCCCAGCCAGCCCUCAGUCCCGUGUGGAAGGGGAGGGGGGAGGAAGAAGAGAAGGAGGAGAGAAGACGCCAUCAAGAGGAGUUAAGCUCCACCUCCAAAGCGGAAGGCCUCAGACGUUGCGCGUCCGAAGGGUCCUUGCGAGCACAACCGGAAUCGACCCGCUCACUUUCCGACAGCACCAUCCACCGCCUGACCUUUGACCUUCACGCCCGUCCCACCUCCACUCAGACCCUCAGGAAACACCUGACUUCAGAGGGGGUCACCCUAACGCAAACGCUCGCGUUGCUCCGUGGGGCCAAGGAUGUUGAAAGUGGAAAUGACCUCAAGAAGAAAAGCAAGACUUUCGCUUCAGAGGUGCGCAGUCGUCUUCCGUUCCUGUGCAGACGCAAGCGUUUGGUCCAAAGUGACAGUCUGGAGCGAGCUCUGAGAAACACCAGGCCCUCUGCAAGGGAGGUGCUUAUUUGGGCCGAGAGUCUCAAGGCUCUCUUGGCCAACCAAUACGGCCUCGCGGUAUUCCGCCACUUCCUGAGGUCGGAGUACAGCGAGGAAAAUCUGGACUUCUGGUUGGCUGUGGAGAAAUUCAAGCAGACGUGCCCCCUCAACAAGAUGCCAGACAGAGCCAACAAAAUCUAUGAGGAGUUCAUCUCGUGCAGCGCAUCCAGACAGAUCAACGUGGAUUCAAACAUACGGGAGUUGACCCAACGGAGCCUGCGUCUGGGCGCUGAGACCACAUCCUUCCAGCUGGCACAGGAUCAGAUCUUCAGCCUCAUGGAGGCCGAUAGCUACCCGCGAUUCCUCCGGUCCCGCCUCUAUGCCCAGCUGGCCAAUCAGGAUGUGGGGCUCGCCGAUAACGGCUGUGUCUGGCCAACCGCGAUGACCAAAGAUGGAAUGGAAACACUCUACCGAGAUAAUGUGUGA